CGGAGUGGCAAAGCCAAGUCGACGGCGAAGGACGAGUAUCUGAUGGGAGGACAUCGGAUGCCGCCGAUCCCGGUCGCGCUCUCGCUCCUGACCACCUUUCUGUCCGGCAUACUCAUGCUUGGCGUUCCAGCUGAAAUGUUUCAGAGAGGCGUCCAAAUUUGGUUGAAUUUUGUGGUCGGCAUGCUAUCGUCUUUGAUUACCAGCUCAGUAUUUUUACCGGUCUUCCACAAAAUGAAAUGCACUUGUCUUCACGAGUAUUUCAUACACAGGUACAAUUCUACACUUAUCCGUCAGCUCUUCUCUUCCUUGUUUCUUUGUUUCAUCAUCAUGUACAUGUCAAUAGUGAUCUACGCUCCAGCAGUAGCGCUGUCACCGGUUUUGCGAAUCCACAAAUGGUGGUUGGUAUUGAUCUUCGGUCUUAUCACAACGCUUUACACUUGCAUUGGUGGAUUGAAAGCUGUGGUUUGGAGCGACUCAUUACAGGCUGUUCUUAUGUACGGUGGCGUUUUCACGCUGAUAGUACAAGGAUUGCGGCAUCCAAAGGUCGGAGGGUUGGCAAGAGUCUGGCGUAUCGCCGUCGAAAGCGGAAGAACAAGCGAACUCUUCAGAUUCGAUCCACGAAUCGACCAGUACAACAGUGUGUGGAUAAACCUGGUGUCGGGCACGAUCACCUGGGUGGCAUCGUUCGGCGUCAAUCAGCUCGCUAUUCAGCGGUAUGCUAGUCUUCCCACACUGAAGCAAGCACAGCAAAUUAUCUACUACACUCUGGUGCCGUUUUUCAUUCUCUGUUCGGUCGUUGCCUUCAUAGGACUCAUCGCCCUAGCUUACUUCUACAAUUGUAAUCCACUGGAGACUGGUCAGAUUCUGGAGACGGAUCAUAUUACCAUUCUAUUCGCCAAAGACAUUUUACAACCAACACCGGGAUUAUUUGGAUUGUAUGUAGCGUGCAUUAUGUCAGCCACGCUGUCCACCCUGUCCAGUGGAAUGAACAGUGUGGCAGCCGCGAUCUAUGAGGAUUUUCUGAAGCAGAAACUAGACGGUCGAAUCACCGAUGGAAAGGCUACACUACUUAAUAAGUCUGAAUGUUUUCAUGCGGUCGUUGUUGCGUGCGGAAUCACCUCGACGCUAUUAGCAUUUUCUGCUGCGCCCCUAGGAGGGAUAUUGCGGGUAUGCGUGAGUGUGCUGGGAGCGAUAUCUGGUCCAAUAGUGGGGAUUUUCGUGCUGGCGAUGUUUUUUCCUCGUUCUGGCUUUUAUAGCUGCAUCCUGUCGUUCGUCAUCUCCAACAUUACUAUGGUGUUCAUCUGCAUAGCGAACUACGUCGAAGAUCCUUAUCGCGACGUUUUUCUUCCAACGAAUUCAAGCAUUGAGGGUUGUGGUUCGAGUAACUUCACAGUUCGACACCAACCGCCAUACGACACUCAUUAUGGCGACCCGAACACCAUGUUCAUAUCAAGGAUUUCCACUUACGGUUAUGCCGGUGUGGGAUUUAUUAUUAUGAUGAUUAUCGGUAUAUUAAUUAACUUUGUCAAAACCGAACAGCAACCGGAGAAAAUCCGACAUCUAACUUUUGCCGGCCGGAAUGAGCCUUGGCCGGAAAAGGACUACGAGUAUGACCACUUCAUUUGCGAAGAUAAAGCCGUGUGA